CUCGGCCACCGUAGUUACAUGACGGAAGAUGUUGUUGUCUUGUAUUUGUAUGCUGAUACAGUUCCGACAUGGCUGCGGGGUUUUUAGUGAUGCUUUACGAAUACUGCCCUCCUUUUUAUAUUAGCAUCGUGUCGCUCUGUUUUAUCAUUACCGUAGCAAUGGUUCUAGGCUGGUUUGGGUUUGAUGUACCGAUAAUUUUGCGUAGUUCGGACGAUGCGGACUCAGUAGCGAACAUUCCAGAAAAGCGGAUGGUCCAAGUGACUAACCCGUUUGCCCUGGAACUGGGUUCAGCUCCUUCCUCCGUGACAGGGGGCGUGGUUCUGCGGCCUCGCUGUCUGGAGGAGUGCACGCUGAGCUGCUACUGGGGCUGCGGGAUUCAGGGUCUCCAGGCCGCCCUCCAUGCCCACCGGUGUGGGCCUCCCAUUAGCACCCCGCAGCGCUUCCAGGAAGCCCUGCAUUUCCAGUACCAGCACGUCCAGACCUUCCACAUCGAGACGGAGGACCCAGGGGAGCGUCUGACACAGAUGCCUGCUAGUUUGGGCAUCUCUCACUUUGGGGUGCUGCCUCGGGCGUGUUACCCCCUGGUGGUGCUGCUCACGCUCGCGGAGCCGGAUACACGGGACAUAUACAACAUUGUAGCCAGUGUGACUGUGGUCCAUGUUCCGGAUGAGAAAUACCAGCUAUCGGAGCGGAUCUUAUUUCAGUACCUGCUCACGGUGCAGGGGAACAUGUACGAGCUGAAGCCACUCUUCAUGUCCACUGGAGAUGGCAGUCAGGCCGAAAGCACAGACCCCGCCCCAGACACGGAGCAGGAAAGGCCAAAUGAGGCCGGAGGGCCCCAGACCGGGACGACUCAAGAGGACGAGGAUGAAGACGAGGGGGCGGCCCCUGGGGCGGGCCGAGACUGCGUGGUGUGCCAGAACGCCCCGGUAAACCGUGUGCUGCUGCCCUGCCGGCACACCUGCCUGUGCGACGGCUGUGUAUCGCGCGUCCAGCACUGCCCCAUGUGCCGCGCCUUCGUCCUCGAGGCCUUCGCUCUGUGUCGGCGCCCCCUGGAGGACGAGCAAGAGGGGCACCACAGGGGAGAGUAAAUUCCCAGCGCGACUUCGGAUGUUUGAGGACAGCUUCUUCAGUCCACCAAGAUGUGCGCAUUGGCGGGGGCAGGGGGGGGGGCAUUAACCCCCCCCCCCAAUAGAUGAGAGGAAUGCAUAACAUGGUCUUUGGGGAUGUUAUUCCUGUGGAGAUGCUAUUCCUUCUGCAGUGGGGUGUCCUAUGUACUCAGCUAACAGCUAACCUUACCAUUACUGCAUACUGCUGUAGUUCAGUGACAUCAGCAUCAGUAGAGUACCUCCCAUGCAUUCAUUCAAGAGACUGCCCCCCUGUGUACAGUCACAAGUUGCCAUGGUGCUCAUCAAGAUAAGACGACUGUGUUAGGUGUUACCGACUCAAUCAAAUGAAUCCCAUGCAACUAUGCACACUUUGGAGCAAUGUUUGAGUGGAAGUUGUAUAUAUUAUAUUUGUGUUGUUGAUUGUGGACUAAAUUAAACUGGAAAGUGCUCAGUACUGCUCAGUUGCAGGUGAGCGUUGAGCUUCUUUAGCCGCUGAUUUGGA